UCAAAACAAAAAUAGUUGUUAGGUUCGAUAUAAAAUCAUCGUAAGGGUCUACAUAUCCAGGCCUUUAAAAAAAGUUUUUAUUGCGCAUAGAAUUUGAAAAAAAUAAAAUUUAUCCAAAUGGCAUCGACAUCUAAAGAACAAGAAAAGUUAGAAAAAAUUAUGGAAAUGCUUGAGACAAAAAGCGAUGACAGUGACGAUAAGGGAGCUGGAGAAGAUACGAGAAAGGUUGCCAUUGACAAUGAGAAGCUUGCAUGCACCAUACAUCUUCUUUAUUCUGCUAGCAAAAUAAGAUUGUACAAAAUCGCAAAAAAAUCUCUUGACAUGUCGCGUCCCAAAGACUUAACACUCUCCAGCUAAGAAAACGUACUACCUGUUUCGGAAAAAUAGAAUUCCCGAAUUAAGAUCGAUAAGUAACAAAGGUGAAUGGGCCGAUGAUAUGAGUGAAAUAGCGGGAAAACAAGUGGUGGUCAUUGGUAUUCACAAAGACGGAACACUUGUUGUUCAACUUGGCACCGGCAAAUCCUGGAGAAUAAAUUCUGACUCUGUGUUAGGACAAAAUGAAACAAGUUUUAAAGCAGAAGUUCAGGAUGUUGAAUCUGUUCCAGGCGACAUUAUUAAGAUUAAAAUUGUACAAAACAUUCGAAUGCUCAUGGAUGCGAAAAAUGUGCCAUUGGCCUUCUUUGAAUACUUGAGGCUGACAGCAAAUCUUAGUCUAGUUGAUGAUGAUAUAGAUUAUAUCAUAACAUAUAAUUCUGACCGGAAUGUCUCAGCAUAUUCAACUACGUUGAAAAAAGCAUCGAAGGACGAAAUUGAAAAACACUCAAUGAUCAAGAACAAGGUAACACAAAUUGAAGUGGGCGAUGAAGUUUAUCUUGAUGUUGGUUCUCCAAACUACGUGGCCGCUGAACUCAGGGAGGUUGACGCAAGUGAUGAGGUUAUCAAAGCUAUGACACGAUCCGCAAACCUAAUUGGAUUUUCAGAUGAUGGCCGCGCUGUUAUAGAGUAUAAAGAUGGGAGUCUGUACAAAAUAAAGAAGAAAUUCUUGACAGUUCCUGAAAGAUUCAGUAUCAGCGAGACUGACGAAGGAUUUGACUAUGACGUCGCUAAAGAUAUUCAAGAAACAGUAGCAAAUUGUGUUCAGAUCAUUCACGCGGAUGAUCGUGGGGGAGCGGAAGAUCAAGCUACCAUUGUCAAGAUUUUAGCUAUGACAUAUGGAUCUCCUACCGUUAUGGAUUUGAGGAUUAUUUCAAUGGCUGCAACAACUGAAAACAUUUGCGAAUAUCUCAUACAAAUGAGCGACUGGAAUGUCGAAUUCGUGAGCAGUGGAACAUUUUACAUUACAAAGCUCAAAGCUUCUACCCAAGAAGUAAAAGUUGGUUUGUAUUUCAACGACGAUGACUAUCCGCCACAUAUAUGCAGGUCUGAAAAGACGCAUUGGAAGGAGGAACAAUCUGCCACUAGAAAAGAAAGCUUGCUUGUCGAGGAGGGGGUCGAAGCACCAGCCGCAGCGUUUCCUAUUGGAAAUGCAGAUGUCCCACGCUUACAACAUGGUAUGCCACAACCAGGAGUUGUGGGAGUUGAUGAGUUUCGUUACGUGUGCUUAUUCGAUCCUUCUUUAUCUCGAAAUGUUUAUUUUCCUUAUAUAAAUCGAGGUGAACACCGUACACCACUAGAAAACAAUGAUGAACAUGACGGAGGAAUGAGAACACCAAAUAUUAUGAACAUCUACAAUAUCAACAAAGUUAAUAGAAUCACAAAUUGAAUAGUUGAAAAUUACUGAUAAAUAUAAUCGAUAAGACAUAACAUAUUCAUUAUAUAACAACCAGUAUUACAAAUACAAUUUUGUGACCUUUCUUUGAUUCUUUGUCAAAUCCAAUAGUUCUACAUAUUUGCGACUUUUUUUGUUACUUUGUACAUGGUUAUGUCGAUAAAACUCCUGAUUUAUCGCGUACGAAAACAAAUCGAAAAUUAAUGAAAAAUGAUAGUCAAAAAAUUUUAUAACUAUAAGUUUUACUGAGUACAAAAAUUGAGAACUUUGUAUAAAAUUGGUACUGUUUUUAAACUUACUUUCACGUUUUUUUAUUUAAUUUUCUCAAGCGCCAAUAUCAGAAAGUUAGAUGCUUUAUGUUUCUGCGUUUUUGAAAUAUCCAUUAAGGAAUUGCAAUUAUUUUAAAUUCGCGUGAUUCGUGUUUUGUCCUUUUAAUUAUGCCAAUUCAAAGUGUUAUAGAUUAAAUUUUUAUUGAUCAUAUCUGUGAUCAUUUAUUUUUAAGUUUUUACAUACAUAAAGAUAAAAGUUAUAUGUUUAUAUGAAUAUUACAGAAGACAUGAUAUUAUAUUGACCGUUUCAUCACCAAUUUUUGAAACUUACUGAAAUAUACUCUUUUCACUGCAAUUGGAUGAACGUUGUUAUU